AUGCCUUCCACCGUCGUCUCUACCCCCGUGCCCGCCGGCGUCGACCGCAACGCCGUCCUCUCCGCCAUCCACAACCACGACCUGAUGGUCAAGACCCUCUGCCCGGCUCUCAUCUCCUACAACCUCGAGUCCGGCUCCGUCGGCGUCGGCCAGUCCGCCACCUACUCCGUCACUGACAAGAAGCCCAUCGGCCAAACCACUUACCAGCUCACCAUCACCAACCUCGAGGACGGCGUCGACACCCUCGUCAACGCUAAGCCCCCCGUCGGAACUCUCGUCAUCAACGGCAGGUGGCGCAUCGUCAACGAGGCUGCCGGUCUCAUCCUCCGCGAGGAGGUCGACAUCGAGGCCAACAUGCUCAUGAAGAAGAUGGCCAAGGGCAACGUCGAGAAGACCCACCCCGAGCAGCACGCUGCUCUUCUGGUCCAGGCUGGCAAGGCAUAA